AUGGGGCGCUUCUUAACCGUGCCUUCCGGCUACCUCAACUCACCAACACGUGUACACCAACAAACCCCGCCCACAACACACCUUUGCGACUCGACCUUCACCAUGGGCUUUGAGGUUGACAAGUGCAUGGAUCUACACAACCGCAUCGUCGCCCACGCUUGCUCGCACCUUCCACCCGACCGCCAACCUCAGAUUCAACGCAGCUGGUUCAGCGCGCACUCACUAGAUCCUUCCUCACCCGUUCCCUUGCCCCUAGAUAUCGAGGAAGAAUUCGACCAUGACCUCACAGCCUUCCUAUCAGGCAUCGACAUCGUCGUGCCCGAACAACAUCAACAUUUGGCCUUCAAUCCCUUGCUCGUCGGUGUCCCUUCGCCUAACCAUAUGAUCCCCGAUAUGUGGCUUGGCAUCAUCGAGGAACGCGAGGAUUACAUCCUGCUUUACACUGGACCUGGAUAUGAUGCAGGGGGUCUUUUGUACAGCCUAUCGACGCAGCAAGUGGGCUACAUGGCCUCCCCGUAUUCCGAACCUGAUGACCUCUAUUGGGACGAUCUUCAGAAUGCGCUGGAAAUUUACUGGGACUGCGUUGAGUCGGGGAAAUUCGUCAUCGAUGCAGAAUACCUGGGAGAUGAACUUACUACGCAGGGAUGGAGGCUACUCGAGUGGACUGGCCUUGAGCUGGAGGGCGCGCUGGAGGCGUGGCAUAGUUUGGUGGACGCGAUCAUUUAA